AUGCCAAUCUUAUCCUACAAAGACAUUUUCGUUGUUACAAUAUUGGGAAUAAUUGCUUCGGUCGCUUCGUUUGGUAAUCUUUUCAAUCUCUAUCUCAUCUAUCACUCAAGAUCAUCACAAUUGGUUGGUACUUUACUUCUUGCAAAUUUAGGUUUAGCCGAUUUAUUUUCUGGACUUGUUGUUAUGCCGUUAGCUAUUUAUAGUUUCAUCGUACAAGAUACUAUAUCUCCGUUUCUGUGCCAACUGUGGGCAGUAUUAGCUAGCCUAAGUAUUGGUGUAUCCUUUUAUACUACUGCAGCCAUUAGUAUCGACCGCUGUAUCGCCGUUGCUAGUCCAUUUUAUUACUCUCAAUCUGUUAAUUUACGUGUAUUAAAAGUCCAGAUUGUAAUAUUAUGGCUAAUAACUAGUGUAAUCGCCAUUAUGCCAAUGCUAGGCUUGAAAGCCUAUGGUAUUGGACAUUACAGUUAUAUUACAGGAUCGCAACAAUGUUGGGUUGAUUUUACGGACAGAGAUCACAAUUAUUAUAUUGGAUUGGUUUUGUUGUCGAUACUAUCGUGCACGAUAGUGAUCAUUGUACUGUGUUAUAGUAUUAUAUUUAUCAUUGCUUGGAGAAAAGGUUUACAAAAUCUAUCAGGCCAUGGUACUAUCAAAAAAUCGAUCCGAACAACUGGUUUAAUUGUUGGCACCAGUCUAAUGUGUUGGAUUCCUCUUAUAACUAUAUCUUACGUCGAAUUUAUAGACUUCAUGUUACUGAUAUCAGAUGACAUAGUAUUAGCAGCCUAUCUUCUUACAUUUUGUAGCUCCGCUAUUAAUCCUGUCGUUUACUCAUUGACAAAUAGCGAACUUAAGCGUCGUGUCCGACUAACGUUGCGAAGGACAAACGUAAUUGCAUUUUCACAAUCAAAGCGUAAAGGCAAAGUUAACCCGAUCGGAAUCGAUUCUGUUAUUGGUAAUCUCCAUAGCUCUGUAAUAGUCGGCUAA